GCGCGGCCCCGCUCAAUCGGGGCGGACGACGCGAGCGAGGGUUCUUCGCUGAGGCUACGCGGCCGAUAGCAUCGCGCACAAAAAAGGUGGGGGGCCACUUUCGCCUCCGCAGAGAAAGGACAAAGGCUUCCUGCCCGCGCCUGGAGUGUCCAGAGGCUACCAUGGAAGUACAGAAGGAAGCACAGCGCAUCAUGACCAUGUCCGUGUGGAAGAUGUACCACUCACGCAUGCAGCGCGGCGGCCUCCGGCUCCACCGCAGCCUGCAGCUAUCCCUCGUCAUGCGGAACGCCCGGGACCUCUACCUCUCCGCCAAGCUGGAGGAGGAGGACGAGAUGGCCGCUGGGGUCGGCCCUGAAGGGGACUUUGCCGGGCGGCAGGCGCAGCUGGACUUGCAGACGCCGAGCCCUGGACAUCUGGAGGGAGCUUCGUCGCCCCCCAGCCCGCAGGCGCUGGAGGAGAGACUUCCCCGGGCGCAGCUCGACGCGCCUCUUCUCAGCCCGCCACCUUCGGAGACGCAGCCGCUCGCCGCGCUUUCUGCCGGCCUCGAGCCGGAGCCCAUGGAGACCCAGGAGGAGCCCAGCAACUCGCCCGCGCCCCCCCAGCCUCGGACUCCCUGGGGCCGGUGCGCGUCGGGGCCUCCGCCGGGCGCUGCCAAGCCUAGCCGCAAGCGCCGCAGCAGCAGUCUGGGCAAGAUAGGCGCUGCCGAAGCCGGCUUGGUGCCCAGCAAGAAGGCGAAGCUGGUGGAAGAGGAAGGCGAGCGGCAGCCGCAGCGCCAAGAAGGGCCUUUCCCGAGCUUAGCCCGAGUCCUGCAGGACCGCUUCUCGGGCUUGAUCCUCCAGCCGCCGGCGACUAAGGGCGGCGAGGAGCCCAAGGCGAGCUGCAGGCAAGGGGACGGCGUGCUGAGCAUCAUGGUCAGGGCCGUGGUGGCCUUCUAGAGCGCCCCCAGCAGGACUCGGAGCUGAAAUGUCUCUCCAGAGAAGCGGCGCCUGCUGAAGCCCCUCUUUCUCGACGGGGCAGCUGCACACCGCCUCCCACCCCCGGCCCAGCGGGCCCAUCUCCUCGGUGGCGGGGCCUCGGCGGUCGGGAAGGCGCGCCGCGGGAGGCUGGUGACGGACGGGGGCGGGGGGGGGGGCACCAGCGGGUCCCUCCUCCUUUCCCUCCCUGUGGGCUUAGGCGAGAGACACUCGGGUGGCUUGGGAGCGGGCGAGACAAAGCCUGCGGGAAAGGGAGCGACGAUUGCUGAAGAAGGACGCCCCGACUCUGCCGGCGAGCCCGGGACGCAGCUGCUGUGAGCCGGACGAAGGACUGGCCUCGCCAAGGAGAGCGUCCGUGUUCGUUAAUGGAGGAGCUGGAACGACUUUGGGGGGAGGGGAACCCCGGAACAUGGGACAGACUUUAAGCCAGUCGGUUCUUUCAGUCUGAUUUCAGACGGUUGAUUCAUGUGGAAAGCAACCACUGUCUGUAGGGCGUUCGUGGUGGUGUUUUUUUUUUUUUUGUUUUUUUUUUUUGGUGCUAGUCAACAACAAUGACGUGCUUAUCCUGCCUUUUAAAAAAGUUGUUACCUCCUCUGGGUGGCUGUUCUGUUUCUCCCUCAUGGUUUUUUGAAUGAGAUUAAAGGGAGGGGAGUCCAAGAUCCUUAGGCAGCUGGACUAGCUCCCCUGAAGGGCUAGAAAGCCCUGCUGAGAGCUGUUGAAGAAAAGCAGCUUUGUCGGUUCCCCUCAGCCCUGGUGGUGGGGGAGAGAGCUACUCUGCAUUCCUUUCCUCAGGGCCAUCCCUUUUUUCUUACCUUGUAAUUAAGGAUGAUGAAGUGGCCUCUUUCUUUGUGCCAGAGAAGAUCUCAAAACCAGAUUAGUCUUGCCUGUGUGUGUAUGAUGAGAGCAGGAACAGAAGGGGAAGAAAAAAACCCCAACCGGUCAUACUAGUUAUGACACAUUUCUCAUAUGACUGGUAUUUGCAUUACACUGGGUCCAAGAGGGCAGGGGAUUUCCUGCUCAUGCUGCCUUAGCUUUUUUUGUGUUUGUGGCUACUGUGUGUGUGUGUGUGUUUUGUUUUUUUUUAAGGUGUGGGAAGAACCCUGAGUGAGUUGACUGUGGGGGAGGGGUGGUUAAAGUACAGACAUCAAAGGCAGUUUCCCUAGAUGACUUAAGCUGUUGAGAUAGGCCUUGAACAUUGGAGUGGGGGAUACUGUUUUUACACCUGCGCAAUAUUUUUCUCUUGACGUUUUUCACUCAGUGUUUCAACAAUGAAGCCUCUAUUCUAAUUCUUCAGAUUAGUGGGAUUUCUGCAUCAUGUCAUCUCCUUAAAAAAAGAAACUGACCAUUCUGUGGAGUUCCAAGACCCCUUUUUUUGCCUUUGCUCAUGCAGUAUUUCUUCUGUUUGGUCUACUGUGAAACGCAGCUUAUUUUCCUGGUGUCAUCUGUGUUCAAUAGAAAUCCUUAACUGUGUGUUUAAUUUAAGACAAACUCUAGAUUGAAGGUUGGGGAUGUUCAUGAAAUACUGUUUGUUUCAGAUUGAUGACUGUCGAGGUACUCUGUAAUGCUACCUGUAUGGCUUUAACGUUUUGUAACUUGUGUUUAUGUUCUGUUGCUUGACACGGGGAAAAUACAGGCUUCUUAGGUUCUGGUUUUCACCCUCAUGGAGUUAAUAAUUUUGGUCACUGAAAUAAAGACCAUCUUUGAGUUUUUAA